AUGAGUCUGUUCGGAACAACCUCGGGUUUCGGAACCAGUGGGACCAGCAUGUUUGGCAGCACAAGCACAGAUAACCACAACCCCAUGAAGGAUAUUGAAGUAACAUCGUCUCCUGAUGAUAGCAUUGGUUGUCUAUCUUUUAGCCCACCAACCUUGCCCGGGAACUUUCUUAUUGCAGGAUCGUGGGCUAAUGAUGUUCGCUGCUGGGAAGUUCAAGAUAGCGGACAGACGAUCCCAAAAGCCCAGCAGAUGCAUACGGGGCCGGUGUUAGAUGUCUGCUGGAGUGAUGAUGGGAGCAAAGUAUUUACAGCAUCAUGUGAUAAAACUGCCAAAAUGUGGGACCUCAACAGUAAUCAAGCAAUACAGAUUGCACAGCACGACGCGCCUGUUAAGACCAUCCAUUGGAUCAAAGCUCCAAACUACAGCUGUGUGAUGACUGGCAGCUGGGAUAAGACUUUGAAGUUUUGGGAUACACGAUCAUCAAAUCCCAUGAUGGUUUUGCAACUCCCUGAAAGAUGUUACUGCGCCGAUGUGAUCUACCCAAUGGCCGUGGUGGCGACUGCAGAGAGGGGACUGAUCGUCUACCAGUUAGAGAAUCAGCCCUCCGAAUUCAGGAGGAUAGAAUCCCCGCUGAAACAUCAGCAUCGAUGCGUGGCUAUUUUCAAAGAUAAACAGAACAAGCCAACUGGUUUCGCUCUGGGAAGUAUCGAGGGGAGGGUUGCUAUUCACUACAUCAACCCCCCAAAUCCUGCCAAAGACAACUUCACCUUCAAAUGUCACCGCUCGAACGGAACCAAUACCUCAGCUCCUCAGGACAUCUACGCGGUAAACGGGAUCGCAUUCCAUCCUGUUCACGGCACCCUUGCCACUGUGGGAUCCGAUGGCAGAUUCAGCUUUUGGGACAAAGAUGCCAGAACGAAGCUAAAAACUUCGGAACAGUUAGAUCAGCCCAUAUCGGCCUGCUGCUUCAAUCACAAUGGGAACAUAUUUGCCUAUGCUUCCAGCUACGACUGGUCAAAGGGACAUGAAUUUUAUAAUCCCCAAAAGAAAAAUUACAUCUUCCUGCGUAACGCAGCCGAAGAACUAAAACCCAGGAAUAAGAAGUAG